CUAACAGAGAGGGGGGCACAGUCUAACAGAGAGGGGGUGCACAAGUAUUGUGUUCUCUGUUUAGUGUGUCUUUGGUCGUCGAGCGUCAGAGUCGAUGCGACUACGACAUCAUCAAGUCGCGAUCGUUUCCACCGUUCCAUUUUUGUUUUGUGACACAUUCGAUUUAUGUAGUGCAGUGUAAGGUGCAAUCAGAUUUCAAAGAAGAAGAAUUUAAAAAAAAACGUGUCCUCCCCCUUUACCCGAAAGUGUGACGCCGACAUUUUGAUAUCGACGAAAAAAAGCAGACCCUACCCCCUUUUCGAAAGAAAAAGGUCGAAAUUUGUUCGCCAUUUGGCCCUUUUUUUUCGAGUCUUUUGUUGCUGGAUUUUGUACGUUGGCUCGAAAUCUCCUCUAAAAAACAUUUUCCAUUGAGCUGCAGCCGACUUGAUAAUCACACCAUCACGCCGUCCGUGAUGGACUUGCCUUGUUGGUCUCGGUCGAUCAAUCGAAGUGGAACCUAGAGCCGACGCUACCUACCCCCCAUUUCGUUCACCCCACUUUUCUCGGACUUGAAGCAACAACAACAACAAAAACCAACUUUUUUCUUAUUAUAAUUCUACAUAUAUAGAACGAACCAUCUUCUGGUGAUUUUUUCAACUUGAUUGAACUCUUUUUGUUUGUUUUCCUUGAGAACGGAAACAACUUCUUUUGCUGUCUUGUUUAUCUUUUUUUGUUUAAUUUUGUUUAGUGUCUUUCAUUCCUUAAAAGAAAAGAAAAAAAAAGGGUGGGAUUUGUUGCUAUUAACUGGUCUAGGGGAGUGUUCUUGGAACGUCUCGCAGUGUGUGUGGAAUAGUGUGGAACAUGGAGACAAUGGAGACGGCCAACCGACGGCGUCCGUCGUCCUUGCAAUGGUGGCCCGUGUUGAUCGCUUCGUUGGCGCUGUUCGGUUGGCCGAUCAGCAGCAGCAGCCGGUGGCAAGUGGCCGCAUCGUCACCAUUCACGCUGGAAGGAUCGCUAAAUUCUUACGCCCAACUACGCAAAUGGAACGCCGCAUUGAACGGCACACUGCAACUGGAAUUCCGCUCGACGCAGCCCAGCGGCUUGCUCAUCUACACCGACGAUGGCGGCAAAUUCGAUUUUUUCGAAUUGAAAUUAGUCGAAGGCGCUCUGAGACUGCGCUACAAUUUAGGCGCCGGUGCUCAGAUUUUGACGGUUGGUCGCAAUCUGAGCGACGGACAUUGGCAUAAUGUCACCAUGAAACGCAACGGCGACCAAACGGCGUUGACUGUUGAUCACGUGACCGUGACCCGAGCUUCGCGCGGCAAAGAGUUCAACUUUGGCAAUUUAGUCACCAACUCAGCCGUCUAUGUUGGCGGAUUGCCGGCUUGGUACGGAGCCGAACUGACCCGUCUAGCUCUGCCCAGUGUGCUGUUCGAGCCGCGCUACAGGGGCGACCUCCGCAACGUCAUCUAUUCGGACGCAGUCGGCCAACAUCCGCGCCAACAGGAAAUCCUCGAAUCCCAAGGAGUAAGAGUCAGCCAGUUCGACAUGUGCGUUCAACACGAUCCUUGCCAGCACGGAGGUAUUUGCAUCAACACGGACACGGGUCCCGUUUGCGAAUGUAGGAAUCUCGAUUAUGACGGACCGUUUUGUGAGAAAGCCAAACAACCGCCAGAAACGACGCUCAGGGGUCACGAAUAUUUCUUCUACGACAUGGCACAGAGCGGUGGCGAGCCGAUCGUCAGCAGCAGCGAUGAGGUCUCUCUCUACUUCAAAACACGACAGGCCACUGGCAUGCUCUUCUACACCGGUGAUGGCGAGGAUUAUCUGGCUUUGACGCUGCGUGAUGGUGCCGUCACUCUCAACAUCAACUUGGGCAGUGGCAAGUUGGACGUGCAGAUUCGACCCCCUCGGGUUCGGUUUGACGAUAACCAAUGGCACCGAGUCAACAUCCAUCGAAAAGCGCAGGAGAUUUCGGGACCGGAAAGCCUAUGUCACUUGGUUAUGACGGUGGACGGUAUCCAUUCCGAACGCUGGACAACGGCCGGUACAUUUUCGAUGCUAUCUUCUAGUCGCCUGUUUGUAGGCGGUGCCGAUCCGGCCAGUUCUUUGCCCGGUUUGCGAACGCGAAACGACUUUAUCGGAUGUCUACGGAAAGUUGAAUUCACUGCUGAUUCUUUGCGGUUGGACAUUUUGGAACUUGCGCGGACGGGCAACAAGUUGUUGUCGGUGGCCGGCAGACCGGACUGGAUGUGCCAAGCUGUCGAAGUUGCCGACCCCAUCACUUUUACAACACCGGAUACGGUCCUGAUGUUGCCCUCCUGGGAAGCCAUGAAAACGGGAUCCAUGUCGUUCAAGAUCAGAACCAAUGAGCCUAACGGACUAUUGCUGUACAACAACGGAGCUCCGCACGCGCAGGGGGAUUACUUCGCUGUCGAAUUGGUCAACGGUCACGUCUACUUGCACCUGGAUUUAGGAUCGGGCAGCGUUAAAGUGAAGGCCACGUCGAGACGCAUUGACGAUGGCACUUGGCACGAGAUCACCAUCUCACGGAACGGCAAAAGCGGCCGGGCGACAGUCGAUGGAGCUAGCACUGAUUUCGUCACACCAGGAGAUUCGUAUCAACUCGAAUUGGAUGGCUCGCUGAUGGUAGGUGGCAUCGGCAUGGUGGUUGAUAAUGCAGCCAUACCAUCGGGAUUGUGGUCGGCUACCCUUCGUCACGGCUACGUUGGCUGCAUGCGGGACCUUGUCAUCAACGGCAACGCUGUCGAUUUAGCCGCGUUCGCUCGGCAACAAGAUUCCGGAGCUAUCCGUCCGGCGUGUCACGUCCUUCCGCCGCAGUGUGAAUCGCAGCCUUGCAUGAACGGUGGCACUUGCACUGAAGGCUGGAAUCGAUUCUUGUGUGACUGUUCGUCUACUAGUUUUAAUGGGCCGACUUGCGGCAAAGACGCGGCCACGUUGAGUUUCGAUGGCAAUCAACACUUUCGCGUCGCUUUCGAUUCGCCAUCGCGGAGUGAGGCGGAAGAUUGGCGGCUACGAUUCCGCACUCCCAAACCUUCCGGCCUACUGUUGACGACCAUUGGUGAUAGCCAUUCGCACGGCCGAGUAGAACUCGAUCUAGAAGGUGGCCGACUCCGAUUCACUCAGUUUGCAGUCGAUCGACCAAAGACCUGGUUUAUCGGUCAAGGACUUAACGAUAAUCAAUGGCAUCAAGUAAGUAUUUCACGACGUGGAGGAUCCAUUCGAAUGACUAUCGACGAUGAACCUCCUGUCCAAGGUGAAUUAACUGGAAGACAAGCUACGCUGGAGACUCGGGCUUUAUUAGUUGGUAGUAAUCUGAAACGCGAAGAGAUUGGCAGUGGAUCCACGACGUCUAUGAUUGCACCGAGCGGUCAACCGAACUUCGUCGGACAGAUCCAGCAACUCUACUUUAACGGUGUCUAUCUGAUCGAUAUGGCACGCUCUGGUCAGCUGGGAACAUCGGCCAACGUCACGGCAAAAUUUGGGGCGCGGGAACAGAGCAUCCAUCAUCCAGUCAACUUUAAAUCGAAGCACACCUACGUCGGCUUGCCCCAGUUGAAGGCUUACUCAUCGACUAAUAUCUACUUCCAGUUUAAAACGCUCGAACCGAAAGGAGUUAUCCUUUAUAACGCUGGAAAAGGCCAAGACUUUAUAGGCAUUGAAUUGGUUAACGGCCACAUUCAUUACGCCGUUAACCUCGGCGAUGGUCCCAUCCGAAUCCGGGACAAUUUGCGCAACAGCCUCAACGACAAUCGAUGGCAUUCGGUGACGAUCGGAAGACCAGGUCCUCGUCAACACACUCUCAUGGUCGAUGACUCUAUUUCUACGGUGAUUAGUCAGGGACACAAUGAGAAUCUGGAUCUCAAUGGCAUUCUUUACCUUGGUGGUGUCCGCAAAGAUAUGUACAACUUCUUGCCACGGCAGAUGCAGUCGCGUCAUGGAUUCGAAGGUUGUUUGGCUAGUUUGGAUCUUAAUGGCGAAUCACCUGACACUACGUUGGACGCGCUCGUACCCAGUCCGUUGGUUGUGCCCGGCUGCGAAGGUCGUGAAGAACAGCGAUGCAGUCCGGAUAGCUGUGCCAACCGGGGCGUUUGUGUCCAGCAAUGGAACACUUUCGUCUGCUACUGCCAAUUAACUUCGUACAACGGUCCAACCUGCUCCGACGACUCUGUGGCGUUUGAAUUCGGGCCUAAACACGGCGUACUAAUCUACAACUUCCCGGAAGAUCGUCGGCCGGAUUCCAAGAGCGACAUUUUGGCUUUUGGCUUCAUUACGGUGCAGGAAAAUGCCCAGCUGAUUCGUAUCACUAGUGCCUCAUCGAAUGAUUUCUUGGAACUUACACUGGUUGAUGGGCAUUUGUAUUCAUCGUACAAUGUCGGCACAGAUGAUCACAGUUUAGGUGAGGUGGCUGUUAAAGUGAACGAUGGAGAACAUCACGUUGUGCGGCUGACACGUUCCAGCGCCAAUGCAACUCUGCAGGUCGACGAUUACAACGUCCAAACUAAGAAUCCUGGAGGUCGACAACGGUUCAUCUUUAACAGUCAAUCCCAAAUACACGUCGGCGGCAGCUGGAACGAAGUUAAGUCGAAGGUGGACCGUCCAUUUGUGGGCAUUAUUGCCGGACUUGUUUUCAACGGCAUCCGCGUUCUGGAUUUAGCGGCUGAACGUGAUCCCAGGAUACAAAUCCGAGGCGACAUUGAAUUACUCACAUCGAUUCCAGCCGACUAUCGUCAACGUUUCAAAGACAACAACCAAUCGAUGCAAAGGGCACCCGAAUCCGCUUAUCCAAACGUCGUGGAUGACUUGGUGUUUUCCGGUGCUGGAUCCGGAUGUGUAUCCAGCACUGUUGAUGAUGAAUGUAUCCCAUCUUACAACACAGGCAGAGGAGAUGAUUUGAUUACGCCAGUCUUCAGUCGACCUACGCGUCCCCCCAAGCCAAAGCCAACGAUCGUUGUGGCAGUUGAUCGACCCUGCGAUGACGAAGACAAUUGUUACGAAGGUUCCGGUUCAGAUCCUUUGGUCACAGACGAACCCGUUAACCAAUUGGAAAAUGAAAUUUCGACUGAAUCGACGACAACGACUACUCUAUCGACGAUCGUCUGGCAGACAGACAGAAUGAGCUCGUCGACUAGUGUAACGAGUUCGAAUCCUACGACAACAAUAACGGUAAAUACGACUCCUUCUUGGAUGGCAACUACAAGACCGACGAUGAGAACAACAUCGACAACAACGACGAGUCGCUAUCCAGCAAAGAUGUAUCCAACUCCGGCGUAUCCUUCGUUUCCUUCGCCGGCGACGCCUCGCAACCGAGUGCGCACGACGAUCGAUAACUUUGACCUCAUUUGGCAGAAAGCCAAUCGAGAAGAAAUGGAAAAGAAACGCGAUUUCGACGAAAAAAGCAAACGAAUGCGGGAUCGAAUCAGCUCCGAGACAGCGGAAAACACGGCGUUGAUUAUCGGCAUCGUCGCUGGUGCAUUGAUCGCUGUCGUCGCUGUCAUCCUCGUUGUUUUGCUCGUGUUGAAACUGAAGAGUCCCGGCAAUACCGCUUACAAGAUUGACGAGCGCAAAAACUUUAGCAAGACGCCGAGCCACAGCAAUUCAAAUGCUGCUCUACUUAACACGGGCGCCGCGGGAGCUGGAGGUGUUCACGGUGGCGGUCUAGCCGGUACUGGAAUGGCUGGCGGGCAGAUGAAGGUCGGUUCUUUAAAUCUUAAUCCGGCCAUGGUAAAUUUGGAGAAAAAAUCACCACCGUCCAAAAAAUGCGGCAAAGAUAUCAAAGAGUGGUACGUCUAGAAAGAUGAUUCAUUUCCUAAUCGAUUAAAGCGACAUUUUGAUAUUGCGAAAAAAGGACGUUUUUAAAAGAGUGAAGACGAGAGUCGUUGAAGGACUGUAUAAACGGAUGAGCGUGUGUGACGUGUUCUGAUUAGAAUAUCAUUUGACACGUCCCGCUGUGCGCGGACGUGAGUCAUGGUCGUCGGUCGGUGACGUGAAAUUUCGCUCGAUCGAAUGUUUAUCGCAAGAGAUUUGAAAGAUGGUUUUUCCUUUUUUUAAUUUUGCCGAUAAACUCGUCUGCUUCUUUAGUUUGAUUUUCAAUCAACAGUUUCAUGUCCGCGCUGUUUGCCCUCUCCUAAUCCAUCCUUAAUUGAUCUCUUUGACGAUAGGAUUUUACCUUCCCUUCCCCGAUUCUUUUUUUUUUUCGGGUUUGAACAUUCCCCGAUCGGUUGGUCGGACGCGUGAAAUGACGGUAUUCCGUAAUUGGUUAAGAUAACAAAAGCGUCGGUGCGAAAGUGUACGUAUGGCUAUACUUAAAGAAAAAUCAUGUUUCUAUUUGUAUAAUAGGCAAAAUAAAAACACGAAAAAAAAAAGUAAAAUAAAAGAUGCAGUGCGUGCAAUAAUGUGCGGUAGCCCAAUAACAGUUUGGGCAAAGAAUACCUUUAACCAAAUGACGAACGUAAUUCUAUUUGGGUUGCGUUUCUUUGUUGUUCCUUUUUUUCUCGAUGACGCUGCCCUCCGACGAACUGACUUUUUGUGAGCGUGAAGAACUAGAAUGCACAGUUCUAAAGACGAUGGCCUCACCUAUAAACUAAUCUUUUUUCCUCUUCUCUGCCCCCACUCGAUUUCGGUGUGAUAUAAAACGUUUGCGAAGGUUAAUGCAGUAAUUUUUAAUCAGCCGAUUGUCGUUCUUAUAUCGUUUUACCAUCUGCCAAUUGAAUCAUUCCGUUUUUGUUUUGUUUUUUGUAAUGAAAGCGAUCACCUCCCAUUCAUUGGUUAACCAUUCGUUUUCCUCGUCUGUUUUGUGUUGUUGUUAAUUAACUAAGCUAUGACCCAAACCAUCUUAUACCCAUGAUUUCAAAAGUUCUUGUUCUGUAUCCAUUCGUCAUUCCAUUCGUUAUAUACACUUCUUCAACGUAA